AUGCGGGUGUCUCAAGCGCUCGGGGCUUUGGCCUUGGCCUCACUCUCCACAGCUCUUGACCAUGAAAACACAAAUUCACAAUCCGCCAACACCAUUCAACGCCGCAAUGCCGAGAUCGAAGCGCGUCUCGCGGAUGAGCCCGUCUACGGCGUGCGAAAGAUGAGUACCGACCAAGGCGAAAAGUUUUACCUUGACUAUUGGCAUUUCGAAGAUGCUGUGCAGGACGGGUUAUCAGAGAGGCAUCUCGCAGAGGUCAAUACUACCACUGCGAGCGAAGGGAAAAUUCAGAAGACACCCGUCGAGAAUACGGGGACUGGAUUUUCUCCGGCACAGUUCGUGGCUAGAUCAUACGCCUUUAAUCCGUCCUUUGGACCUGCAUUUGGAGUUCUUGGGAGUUCACUGGAAUCGCGGGAUUUCAAGUGUCCAUCGGACACGAUCGCGUGUACAUCUAUCAACCGAUCUGAUCGGUGUUGCAGCACGGGCGAUACGUGUGUUAUUGUGACGGACACGGGCUCUGGCGAUGUCGGUUGCUGUCCCAAAGGGCAAACCUGCUCUGGCACGAUAGGGUCUUGCCAGAGCGGAUACACGACGUGUUCGAAGGCGUUGGGUGGUGGCUGUUGUAUUCCCGGUUACGAAUGUGUCGAAGGCGGAUGUGCAUAUAUCUCCGUGGUUACCGUGACGAUUGACUCAACCGUGACCGUCUCUACAGUAACACACACUACAUCCCAACAAACAACCCACUCUACAUCAUCCAGCUCGAGUCCCAGCUCCAGCAGCAGCUCAACAUCAACUUCAAAAACCACUAGCACAGAAAGUCUCACCCCACCAGCCCGCGGAACAAGCAUAACGACAACAACCCACUCAUUAACAACUCGCGUCGACGUCUGCCCAACAGGAUUCUACGCCUGCUCGGCCAUCUACAACGGAGGCUGUUGUCAAACAAACCGAAACUGCGACACAACAUCGUGUCCGGCGACGGCCUCGACGACUUUCACCUCUGAUGGUAAAACGAUAGCUAUUCCCGUUACUACGGGAUUGUCGGGGUCUUCUAGUCAGGCGGGGAAAUGCCCGGGUGGUUGGUUUAGUUGUGCGGAUACGGCGGGUGGGGGUUGUUGUCCGAGUGGGUAUGUGUGUGGCGCGAGUAUUUGUACUGCGACGGGGUCGGUGGCUACAACUGUUGCUAAGGAGGCGCCGACGAGUAAUGGGGCUGGCGUUAAUGGUGUUUCGGGGGUGAUGCUUGGUGUUAGUCUGGUUGUUUUGAUGUGGGGUUUGUGAUCGAGUUACUUACCCCGGAGAUGCAUGAAAUCUUAUGGGUUAUGUUGAAUGAAUUUAUGAAU